CUUGUCCAGACGGAUUCUUUGGGCUUGACUGCCACCAGGUGUGCAAGUGCAAGAAUGCUGCUGGCUGCGACCACGUCCUGGGAACGUGCCGCUGCCUCCCGGGCUGGCUCGGAGAGACCUGUGAGCAGCCCUGCCAGAGGGACAGCUACGGGCCAGGCUGCAGCCACGCUUGUCGCUGUCACAAUGGAGCGCUCUGCCAUCACGUAACGGGGACGUGCCGCUGUGCUCCAGGCUGGAAAGGGGCCACCUGCCAAGAAGCCUGUCCUCAUGGAUGGUAUGGUACAAACUGUCUGCAGCGCUGCGUCUGCCAUGGCCAGGCGACGUGCGACCACGUGACGGGGCAGUGCCUGUGUCCCCAGGGUUGGACAGGGGUAGCAUGUGAGCUGGAGUGUGGGGAUGGGAGUUCUGGAGAAGGCUGUGAGCAGAACUGUAGCUGCCACCACGGGGUUUGUGACCAGCACUCAGGGAGAUGCAUCUGUCAUGCCGGCUGGACUGGGGACCGCUGUGAUGUGGCCUGCCCACCGGGGCUUUUCGGCAAGCGGUGCGAGGAGCGAUGUGACUGCGUGCACGGCUUGUCCUGCCACCAUCAAACCGGAGCAUGUCACUGUGAGAAGGGAUGGCGAGGGAGGCACUGUGACAAACCUUGUUUGCCCGGCCGUUACGGUGUGGGCUGUGCCCAGCGGUGCCGGUGUCCCGCCGGUACCCCCUGCCAUCACCUGACGGGCAAGUGCGGCUGUCCCCCGGGAGUCACCGGCUAUGGCUGUGAGAAACCUUGUCCACCAGGCACGUAUGGCAAGAACUGUAACCGAGUGUGUCAGUGCUCUGCUGAGAAUGAGGAAUGUCACCCAGUGACCGGCGCCUGUGUGUGCCGCCCGGGGUACCACGGCUCCAGCUGCAACCUCCGGUGUCCAAAAGGUACUUAUGGUUCAAAGUGCCAAAACUCCUGUCAAUGCUUGAACGGAGGCCACUGCGACCCUGUGUCAGGAGCUUGUGAGUGUGCACCGGGCUUCAUUGGAGCCGACUGUACCAACACUUGCCCUGCAAACCAAUAUGGGAAGGACUGCUCCCUGUUCUGUGCAUGUGGUAAAGGUCAGUGUGACCCACGGACUGGCAAGUGUACCUGUCCUCCCGGCCAAAUGGGACCCAGCUGUCAGCAAGUGUGUCCUCAGGGACAAUAUGGCCCCAACUGCAACCUGACAUGUACCUGUCAGAAUGGUGGUAUCUGUGACCACGUGGAUGGCAGCUGCACUUGUGGGCUCGGAUGGACAGGAAGAUCGUGUGAGAAAGAAUGUCUCCCAGGGAAGUACGGGUCUGACUGCAGCUUGGACUGCUCGUGCCAGCACAAUGGCACCUGCGACAGGUUCACCGGCUGCUGUCCUGCGACAGGUUCCGGCUGCUGCCAGUGCCCCGAGGGUUACUACGGCCACUCCUGUGAGCACAGGUGUCCCCUUGGAUUUUAUGGCCUAAGCUGUCUUCAUGCAUGUGCCUGUAAAAAUGGAGCAAGCUGCGACGCAGUGACAGGACAGUGCUUUUGUCCUUUGGGUUAUCAGGGUGUCCACUGUGAAAAAGGCUGUGACAGGGGCUGGUUUGGAGAGAGAUGCCAACACCAGUGUGACUGCAGAGAUGCUCCUUGUGAUCCAGAGACUGGGAAGUGCCUUUGCCCACCUGGCAAAACUGGUGACAAAUGUGACAUUGUCAUGAUUUCCAUUCUGGGAACUUCUUUAGGACAGCUGGGCUACAGUUUGGGCAGACCAUGUGAUAGACAAAACUUGAAGACUGCAAGGCUUUCCAAAAUGUCAUGUUUUAAUGUUAACAGAUGUAGUUGUCUAAGAAGCUUCCUGAUCCUGGAGAAUGUUCAGAGCAUUCACCCUCUUCCAAACACUUUUGUCCUUCCAGAAUGCAGGUCAGACCAGUAUGGACCCAACUGCUCCCUGCAAUGCCAGUGUGCCAACAAAUCCCAGUGCAAUCCAUUCAACGGGAAUUGUGUGUGCCCAGCCACAUGGACAGGGCCGACCUGCAAAGAAGGUGGCCCUCCAAAGCUUCCUUUUUAUGAAGAACAAACUGAAGAGAAAGGGAAUAUUUUUCCAAGAGCUCUACAACAGUAA